UCAGCUGUGAGGUUAUGAUUUUGUAUGGAAGUAUUAUUGUUAUCAAAGUUAAAUGACAUUGUUGAUGUGACGUGUGACGAUAUUGUUCUUCGAAUAAUAGGAAAAGAUUUUAUGACAUAACCUAUAACAGAUUAUAAAUAAGUACGAAGAUAGUGCAGCGCUGUAAACAAGAUAAUAACUAAUGCCCAUACGAACAAUUAACUAAUUUAAUUUAGUAUUUUGUGAAGAUGGCAGUGAAUAUAACUAAAUUCUCUAAAUUGUUGCCCACUGUGUGUAAUAUUAAUAAUGUCAGAGGAUUGUCGACAACAUGCUCAUACAGUGCAAAAGUAAGUUUUAACUGGGAAGACCCUUUGAAUUUAGAUCGUCAAUUACAAGACGACGAAAAGGCAGUUCGAGACUCAUUGAGAGCUUAUUGUAAAGAGAAACUUAUGCCAAGAGUAAUAGAAGCAAAUAGAAACGAAGUGUUCGAUAGGGCGAUUUACAAAGAAAUGGGUGAGUUGGGGAUCCUCGGAUGUACCAUUAAAGGCUACGACUGCGCGGGCGUAUCAUCCAUUACUUACGGACUCAUUACAAGGGAAUUGGAUGGAGUAGAUUCCUCGUAUAGAUCAGCCAUGAGUGUCCAGAGCAGCUUGGCAAUGGGGGCAAUAUACAUGUAUGGUUCCGAAGAACAAAAGCAAAAGUACUUACCCAAAAUGGCUAAAGGGGACUUAGUUGGUUGUUUUGGAUUAACCGAGCCAGACUUUGGAAGCGAUGCUGGUGCGUUGGUAACACGAGCAAAGUAUGAUUCUAAAUCGAAAACCUAUUCUCUUAGCGGUUCUAAAACUUGGAUAACCAACUCGCCCAUCGCUGAUAUACUUAUAAUCUGGGCAAAAACUGAGGACAAUAAAGUGAGAGGUUUUAUAGUUGACCGAGACCAAGUUAAAAAGGGACUGGACACGCCCCGAAUCAAUGGCAAAUUUUCUUUGAGAGCUUCGGCAACGGGCAUGAUAUUGCUCGACGAAGUAGUAAUACCGGAGGAGAAUUUAUUGCCCAGCGUAGUAGGCAUGAAGGGGCCGUUCGGAUGUCUCAAUAAUGCGCGAUACGGGAUCGCUUGGGGCGUUCUCGGUUCGGCUGAAACAUGUUUGCGGAUAGCUCGUGAGUACACAUUAGAUAGGAAACAAUUUGGGAGACCGCUCGCUUCGAACCAGCUGAUACAAAAGAAAUUGGCUGACAUGAUUACAGAAAUAAGCCUUGGUUUGCAAGCUUGCCUUCACGUAGGUCGUCUGAAAGAUGAGGGACUAGUGGCUCCUGAAAUGAUUUCACUUCUAAAAAGGAAUAACUGCGGCAAGUCUUUGGAAAUUGCGAGAGUUGCUCGUGAUAUGCUCGGCGGUAAUGGAGUUUCUGAUGAAUACCAUGUUAUUAGGCAUGUUAUGAAUUUAGAGGCAGUUAAUACUUACGAAGGAACCCACGAUGUUCACGCUCUCAUAUUGGGCAGAGCAAUUACUGGAAUUCAAGCAUUUUUCUAAACAAGCAUUGCGUUAAAAUUAAACUUUUAUGUAAAUAACUUAAGUGUCCUUGUAUAAUUCUUAUGUAUAUCUUAACUAUGCUUGUAUAAAUAAAAUGUAAAUAUUU